AUGGCACUUACGUCAUCUCGAUAUUCAGUCCUGGCUAAAGCAGAACUUUCUCGUCUUGGAGUUGAUUUAUACACAGCAAGAUUUGAGAUGAAAUGCAUUGAGUAUGCAGGAUUUCGUCGUCUCGUGGUACGUUUUCCGUUUUCGGAUUUGAGAGACACAGUUCCAGUCGAGUUGGUAUUGAGACAUUUGGUGGAGAUUGUCACUCGUACCACGUGGUCGCUAAAUGGAGAUGAAUCAAAAGCUGGACAGAUCCAUAUCCCUUCCACCUAUUUUUUCCGCCACGAAGUCACGUUUUCCGGAGAUUACAUAAGAAUAAGCGCCCGAGUCCGUCAAGUAUAUGGUCAGACCUUCCAACUGCAGACGACUGUAAGGCUCCAAGAUUCAACCCUUGUGGGAGCCGGGCACACUACAAUAUUCGUUUCUCAUAUGGUGCCGGAAGCAGAUGAUCCCAAUACCUCCGAGGAAUCGGAAAAAUCUUCCCAGGAGACUUCAGCGAGCUUGAGAAUAAAAUCAAGUAAAACAGUCGAUAAGUGUGGCAGCGCUCGUCAUGUAAAACCAUCAGCUCCAACUUUGGAUUAUCUUCCAUCGGACGGUGAGGACGUCGAUCCAGAACAUGUCGAGCGUUGUUACGCCUUCUUCAAUUCGGAAAAUGAAGAGAAACAAAGAGAAGUUGGAGAAAACGAUGAAGAAGGAGCUGAGAACUCAUCAAAAACGCCGUCUGAACACACCAAUCGAGUGGUUCCAGAAAGUUCACUUGCUGAUGGGUAUGGAAUUUCUUCAAGUCUGAAAAAAAUUUCGGAAAUACCAACCGGGCCCGUCUUACUCACCACUGGUCUUCAAAGUGUUCCAUCUUCCAUUGGAAAACGAAAACAAGCUGAGACUUCAGUUCCAGUCGAGAAACGGCCAAAACAGAUGCUAUCCUCGCGUAACUUUGUCCUUAUUAACUUCACUACACGUUCAGCAUCGUACCAGAAUGAACUGAAAGUUAUGCUAAGAGGAAUGGGAAUACAUACAGCCCGGAUUUCCAAUAUCCAAAAACUUCCGAUUGCAUCGGAGAAUCGGCACAUCGCUCACUUCCAUGUCGACUCGAAAGAAGAAGUGGCACUGAUAAAUCAAAAAAUCAGAAAUUCCGAAUGGCAGACACUUUUCGGAGAGAUCGAAAAAAUCGAUUCAAGCCAUUUCUGUUGGCAUGACAUAGAUGUGAAGGGAGUGCUCAAGCGUAUGCUCAUUUCCAAGGAAUUUGCACUAUUCAAAACACGUCCUUCCACGUCAUUAGUCGAAAUAUUGAAAGACAGGAAGAAAAUGAAGUCGGUAGUGAACAAUCCUAUCAUCUUGGCACACAUGGAACUGGCGUUGACAGGCCCGGGAAAAGAUUUGCUUGCGGAGAUCAGGGAAGAUGUGAACAAGAAUCGAUAG